AUGGAACCAAGUACGUCAGCGCCUAGCCGGCUCACGUUCAUAGGCGGCGGUUGUCUUGCCCAGGCUCUUAUACGUGGGAUUUAUUCAACAAGUAGUAGCUGGAAAGAUGAUUGCAAAAUCUCCGUCACAGCGCGUCGGCAGGAGCAAGUCAGGGAGUUGAGAGCAAGAUUCCCUCUGGCAACUGUUUCAAACAACAAUCUAGAUGCCGCCAUAUGGAGUACAGCCGCUUCAAAACGCCCCGACACACACGUUGUCUUCAUUUGUACUCUGCCGAUAGAUGUGCCACAGGUUUGUCUGGAGUUGGCUGGCAUCGUCGAAACUCUGGAUGUGACAUCGAGACCUACCGUUGUUACAAUGUGCCCCGGGAUUUCAGUGGCCCAGGUCCAGAGCUGGCUUCCAAAGGAAACCCCAGUUGUGAGAUCUAUGCCUAAUACACCCGUCAUGUGUCGCCAAGGGGCAACCGCUUUGUUCCCAAGCGAAAGCGCGCUCCCCCGGAUAGAGCUUGUGGCCACAGUUUUCCGCGCAGUUUCGCCAGCAAUCAGCAUCCUUCCAAAGGAAUCCUUGCUUGAUGUUGUAGCAGCAAUAUCAGGUUCCGCUCCAGCACACUUUUACUAUCUCAUCGAGUCCAUGAUCUCUGUUGCGGUAUCUCAUGGCUUGUCCAAAGACAUGGCAAGGAGUUUGAUCGCAAACUGGGAUAUGGCAAAUGUUGGCUGA